AUGAAAACUGGACGACUUCGCCGAGAAUGUCUCAUAACCACAGGAGCUACCGCAGAGUUUCCGGAGCUGAUCAAAUCUGCCAUAUCUCGAGAGUCUCUUAAAGUACUUACCGAUCAUCAUUUUACGCAUAUCACACUACAAUGCGGGAAGUCUGUCAGCCUAUUUGAGCAGAAUAAGCCUUGUUAUACAGAGGAUAUAGUUGUCAGGGCCUUCGAUUUUAAACAAGACGGGCUGAAUGAAGAGAUGAGGAGAUGUCAUGCCACAGACGGUGUCUCUAGACAAGGACUCGUAAUAUGUCACGCAGGUGCCGGGACAAUCUUAGAGACGCUGCGUCUAGGACUACCACUAGUUGUCGUACCGAAUACUUCGCUCUUAGACAAUCAUCAGGAAGAGCUCGCUGCAGAAUUAGAAAUGCAAGGGUAUGCCAUAAAGGCCAGCGUUGCAAAUUUACCAUCAGCUAUUGAAGCAGCUUGUUCCGCGGAGACCAAGACUUGGGUUGGAAAAAGCGCGAGUCUGGCCCCUAUCAUUGACGAGGUAGUCGGAUACGAUGAGGAUCGUAAAGCUUUGUUGGAUUAA